ACAUUUAAAACUGUUCCAAUUAAUUGCUUUAAAUUGUAAAUUUUAAUCUACCUUUCACGUGCGGCUUGUUACUUGUUUAAAAUCAGUCACUUAAGGUUUUAUACCAUUUUUAAUAACAAAAUAAUAUCGUAUCAUGGAGCUAGAUAAUUUCCUGUACAAAAUUCAAGGUGUUUUAAAAACUGAAGAAAAGUUAAUAGGUCCUCUUUACAACAUCAAGAAAGAAAAUGAAGAGGAGUAUUCAAAAUUGGAAGCUUCUUUAAAGAAGGCUAUCACUGACAGGCCUCAAGAUACAAACUACAGAGUGGAAGUUCAGCUUUAUAUUCUUCUUUUCUUGAACACUGACAUCAGUCUGUACAAUGAUUUGAAGAAAAAUCGAAAAUGUGCCCAUCUAGUUGGUUUCUUUCCAAAAAUUAGUCAGGAUUUGUUUAUAAAAUUAACCCUCGGUCUAAAGUUAAAUAGAUAUUUGUACGAAUCAGUGAAACACUUCAAUUCUUCCCUCUCCGUUCAAGUAGCUGACAUAUGCUUGAAAUCUCUCAAGUGGAUUGAUCUCUUUGAGGCUGUGAAUCUGACAGAAAACUUGAUCAUAUCGCUGUUCAGCAAGAUCGUUGAAACAGAUGAAACGGAUAAGUACUACUCGCACUUAAAAGAUGUGUUUCAAAGGCUUCUCCUGCACUACGAUGCAGAAAAAGGCGGAAGUGUGAAAAGAAUGGGCUCUUGGAAAAAAUCUAAACUGAAACAUUAUGCUGGAUUAGUUAUGGCAAGCUUAUUAGAACUAGUACAUCAAUGUUCUAAAAUAUAUUUGAAGAAGAAUGAUAAUGAUGAUACCAUUGACUACUCUUUGUUCAGUAUACAGAUUGACAAUGAUUCCAUUGAUCUAAAGCAUCUACCAGAUGUUUCCACCAGUGGCUCCAUUACUCUACAGCAGUGCUAUGAACAUAUAGUGGCAAGAUGUCUGCAGAAUGUCAGCGACAUCACGCUGGAUAUUUGGCUGUUUUGGCUGGAGAUUGAUUUGGAUGAAAUACCUGAUACUGAGAACACGCUGCAAAAGCUUGUGGGUGAAAAAGCGUUCAAAUGUCAAGAAGCUCUGAAAGAAGCCGAAUGUUCGGGAAUGUCAUCGAAAGAGUCUUCUGAGUUGUUAAACAGAUUGACAAACAUUGCAAUCAAACCAAGCACAGAGGAGGACUUAGCAGCUUCUCUUGAUUUAGAAAAAGUACUGAACAAUAUCAAUGAUCCAGAAAAGGACUCUGCAAAAUGGUUGAAAUAUUUAAUAAGCAAUCCGGACAUUGUUGUCGAUCCAUCUGCUCUUGAUGUUUUAGCUAGCAGAGUCAAUAACUUGGAAUCCAAUGAUGUUCUAAAACUCUAUAAGACAAUUUUUGAGCAUUUAAUACACACUCCUGACUCACUACAUCAUAAAACUUUUAUUUUUGAAACAAUAAAACAGUGUAGUGUUCAUGUUCUACUGGAAGUUUCAAAUGUUUUUGUUGAAGUCUGCGGAACCUCUGAUUUUUUAAAACAGGAAGAUUUUCAAUCGACUAUGGUAGAGACUUUUAAUAUGGUCAUUAAUGAAGAAGAUAAGGAAAAGGAGCUGAUGCCGAUGUUUGUGAGUCUGGCACUCCAGGACGCUGCGACUCUGUUGAAGCGAGCCGUGUCAGAGGGUAUCACCAGCGAAGUCCGAGGCCACCUUAUGGCUGGCAUACUCGGCCAACUGCACCCGUUUUGUCACACAAUUCGGUCCACACCCCGCACACUUCUGAUUGAAGCCCUGGAUGAGCUUCUUGUUGCUCUCCCUGACCUACCAGAGAGCCAGCGGAUAAACUAUCCGUUUUUUGUUCGGGAGUUGGUGAUGAGAACGAUUCUGCCCGGGGAACAGUUUAUCCAACAUUGCCUCAUGGGAAAGCUGUUCACGCAUAUGAAAACAGAAAACUGGGUUGUGAUGUCUGUUUGUCUUGAAACUCUUACGGAACUGCUAGACAUAGGCUGCGUACACAACUGUCCUGCCACCAUAAUGAUGUUGAUGCAAGUUGUCGAGGCUAGUCGUUGUCAGCCCAACAAUUACACUGUCGCAGCAACGCAAGUGUGUCAACAAGCCCUACAUUUAGUCUCAAUGUACGUCUCCAAAUGGCACGACCAGGGACUUGAUGAGAAACAGUUAAGUAACCUGAAACUCAUGGUCCGCCAACACAUAAGUCCACUUAACCGCUUCCACCUCUACCGUCUGAUGGACGAACCCGUACCAUCGGACUCUGCUCUGCGACUCUUGUAUUACACACAUUACGGCAUCGGAGAAUGGAGCGUGUCACAGAUCACUCCCGAUGAAAGACUCAUGCUCGUCUACGCUCUAUGCUUUGUACUACCUACGCUGACUGUUGGCGAGUGGCGAGAGAUGUUUUGUGUGGUUGCCCCCAAGUGUUCAGAGUUCCUCAUUCUCUUUAACAUCGUCACCGACACUCUACUGUUGUGUCUGGACUCCGCCAAGAUGAAGCCAGAUAAUCAAACAGUCGUCACCUGCCUCAGCGCUACGAUCCUCAACAUUGCACAUGUUAUCAAGGAUGAACUGACCCGCUGGACAAAAGAUGACAAUGAAUAUCGCAUCAGCGUUCUGAGCAAAAUGUGUCUGUUGAUGUCCAGCCUUCCGUUGGAUCGUCAAGAGUCGUCAGGUCUCUCAUUGGUCAAGGUGCUACAGCAGUUGUUGCCAGAAGGUAGUCGACGCAAGCCUCUCACGGCUCACGAGAUGAACACUGUGACAACCUCUAUCGGCUCCAUCCAGUCAUCCGUGGUGAGACAGAACUUGGCUCGUCAGUUCUUGGAGAUGGUCCAUAGAUAGUGUGAGAAGAAUCAAAGACUUAAUAGUGAAACACAUGUUGUGGUCUUGCGAUUCCAAAUCAUCAAAUUGAUUUGCACUUGAGAAAAGUUUAUUUAAAAUCUAAUUUGGCCAAUGGUCGUGCUAAUUUUACAAUCAGCUUUGUAGUGUUUUCAAAGAAGUACCGGUAAUGAAAUGUCUAUGCCUGUGGUCGUAUAAUUUCAAAAUUACAGUUGAUAUUUGUUUCAAUCAAAAGGUUAGCAUCUAAUCUGUAGUUGUUAAUAUUUAUACAAAUUUCACAUUAUUCUAUGCAGUGUCAAUUUUCCUUUUACUGUUGCCCUCUUGAUUAGUAUUAGACUUAUAUAGAUCUCUAAAGAGCAAAGUGUAAAUUCCAAGCUGUAAGGUUUUUUAUCAGUAGAGGGAAAUUAAAACAGUAGUAUGUGAUUCCAAGAUGUAUUUCUUUAGUAAAUAAUAUUGGAUCCAUUUUUCAUUUGUCGUAUCCUUGUUUAAUAGUGAGAUAAACAGUAUUGUAUUGUUUUCACAUUUGUUACAUUUUUAAUAAAUGGUAUAAAAACCUAGUAGCAAUUUA